AUGCAAGCCGCCGCAAAUGCACUUCAGAACCGUAUGGGUCUCGUCGAGACGGAGGUGAAGUCCGAAUACAAGGGACGUGGGGAUGGCUCGAAGAUGAAGGCACUAGCUUGGUUUGGGAAGGAGGACGUACGCGUCAUCGAAGCGCCCGUUCCGGACAUCACACAAGAUGACGACGUUAUCGUCAAAGUAACUGGCACGACCAUCUGCGGUAGUGAUCUGCACCUCUACCAUUCCGAGAUCGUGACAAUGCAAGCGGGCGACAUUCUCGGACAUGAAUUCAUGGGCGUCGUAGAUCGGGUCGGGCCUAGCGUCACAAACCUCAAGCCAGGACAACGUGUUGUAGCCAGCUUCCAGAUCGCAUGUGGCAAAUGUCGAUACUGCCAGAAGAAGCUCUCAUCGUUCUGUGACAACACCAACAACUCUUCACUGCAGAACGCAAUGUACGGAAAGCGCGAUGCCGGAUUCUUCGGCUACUCGCACUUCACGGGCGGCUUCCCUGGCGGUCAAGCAGAGUACGUUCGCGUACCUUACGGCAACGUAAACUUGCUACCGAUCCCGGACGACGUAUCGGACGAGCAAGUUAUCUACCUGAGCGACGUUCUUCCGACAUCAUAUCACUCGGUCGUCGACACGGGCGUUCAGGAGGGAGACGUCGUUGGCAUCUGGGGUGCUGGGCCGAUUGGUCAAUGCGCCGCACGCUGGGCAUUCCUCAAGGGUGCUAAGCGUGUGAUCGUCAUUGACCAGGUCAAGGAGCGUCUCGAUAUGGCUCAAAAGUGCGGAGCGGAUGUCCUUGAUUUCACCGGUAAAGGCGCGGACGGGAGGACACCGUCUGGAAAGAACAUCGACAUUGUCAAGUUCAUGCACGAAGAGUAUGCGCCUGGUGGUCUCGAUGUCGCGCUCGACUGCGGUACAUUCCACGAGCCGAAGACGCUACUGCACAAAGCGAUGAAAGCGACCAUGCUUGAGACGGAUGUACCGGAAACUAUCAACGAGUGUAUCAUGUCAGUCAGGAAGAUGGGUCGCGUUGGGAUCAUCGCCGCCUAUGCCGGCUAUGCGAACGCGGUCAACGUUGGCGCGCUCAUGGAGGCUGGCGUACGCCUCAUCGGCAACGGUCAAGCACCGGUACAUCUGUACUGGGAGGAGAUCUUGAACGAUUACAUUCGCACGAAGAAGUUCGACCCGACAUUCAUGAUCACGCAUCGCGUACCUAUCGACGACUUUGCCGACCUGUACCGUGCCUUCGACGCCCGCAAGGCCGGUGUUGAGAAGGUGUUCGUGGAGACGCAGUUCUCAUCGCCGCCCAGCCAGGGUUGCCCGUCUACGACGCGUGUCAAGGAUUGGCCUCAGUGA